AUGCAGGCUCGGCAAGCGAGCCAGAAAGCCGCAGAGGCAUCUCCAGCACGGAUUCAGCCAAGCCAGAGUUCUUUGCCACUGGGCUCGCUGGCAGCUCGUGAAUCGAAAGGCCCCUGCAACCUGGGUGUAUCCAACUCUCGAGGUGGGACCCAGCCUGAGGAAGCCAGGCCGGCUUUGCGAGAGAUCCAGGACGUGUCCGCCGGACGUCUGGAAAGGCUGCGUUCCCGGAGGGAUGGUUUGCAACAGAAAGCAGAGGAGCUGAGACACUCUUGCUUGCUGUCGGACCGCGAGCUGGCACACGCAGAGACUUUGGAGCUGCUCCGGAGCCAAGAGACCGAGGCUGUUGCGGCCCUCGCGGAGCAGCAGCGAGCUCUUCGCAAGGUGGAACUUGAAGCCGAUGCAGCUCACCGGCGUGCAGCCGAGACUCGCAAAGCACAGCGACAGGUGGCUACGGAGCUCAGUGCUGCCGAAGAGCUGCUGCAGCUGCAGUCGCAGCACCAAGAGGUUCAGGGCCUGCCGGAGAUUCUUCGCAGUCUCCAAAAGGCCAUUGCCGCAUGGGUGGAAGCGGACGUCGGGAUGCGUCAAGUAACUUUGGUGAAGAGACGCCUCCAGCAAAUGGUGGAAGACUAUGGCUCCAGGGCGAAGGUUUUGGAGGACGCCAUCGCCGAGAUCCAUGUGGACCUUGACCUCAGGGCUGGCUCAAUCCUGGAGCUGCAAGGCGCCUCCGCCGGUGGGCCCUUGGAGGCGGAAGUUGUGGAGGCGGAGCUGUCGCAGGAGCAGGCGCUCUUCGAUUUGAGGCAUCGCCAGGUCUUGGGCCUCGAGGAGCGGCUCCAGGACCUCUUGGCCCAGGAGGGCCCUCGCAUGGAGGUUCUCGGCGCUUGGGUGGCUGUGCACGAGCCGCUCCUAACGAAAGAGCUGGAGCAGGCGGAGAAGACGGAGCACACAGCGGAAGUGGAGGUUCGAUCGGAAGAAGCGAAGCAGGAGUUAUGCGCCGACAUGGCAAAGCAGCGGAGAUCCGAAUUCGCUUUCCUGACCGAGGCCAGCGCGGCUGCGGUGGAGGAAGCAGACAAAGCUGCAGCAGCGCUGUACCGACAGCGUGGGAUUCUCCUGCGGGAUGUGGAUGGUCUGGCACGGGAGGAGCGCGCUGCUGCUGGCCGUGCAGACUCAGCUUGCCAGCUCCUGCGCCGGGACCGGCGGCGAGCGGUUGCCGCCACGACGAAGCAGCUCUGGGAGCCAGGUCGCAAAAGCCUGCUUAGAGGGACUUGUCCCAAAGAGGCGAGGAAGAGAGCAGCGGUCCAGGCAGAAGAAAUGGUCGAGGCUUCGCGUGGACAGCAGUUGCAGGAACUGCAGCUUUUCAACGAGGAGAUAGCCAUGGUCACUGCUGAGAUGGUCGAGCUCAGAAGGGACCUGGCAAAGGCCGAGGACGCCGGAUCAGAGAAGUGGACGCACUCUGAGGCUCAAAGACAGCCAAAGGCUGCAGAAGCACCGAAGGAAGUGACUGCGCGAAGUCAUUCAGGCAUCCGCAAGGGAAGCGUGGGCAAAAAGGCCUCUCAGGGUCGACUGGAGAUCGUCGCGACAACUCUACGCGAGCUGGAGCAGCAGGAGCAGGCGCAGAGGGCGGCAAGAGAGUGCCGGGCCGUGGAGCUAACGGCAUCUCUGGAGGCGGCCGAGGCCUCGCUGCAGCGCUGUCGCGCCGAGCACCGCGCCGCCUCGGCCGGAGCCCUGCGCCGCCUGCGCUGUGCUGCCCGGGAGACUGAAGAAGCGGAGCGGAGAUGCUGUGAGCUGGCUGUCGCCAAAGACCGUGUUUGCCUGGCUCUGCGCGAUGUGGCCUUUGCCGCUCCGGCCGACGAGGCCUCCCAACAAACUGUGGAACAGCCAGAGCCUGGCCCAAACCUGGCUGCCGAAGAGCGGAGGCCAGGGGCGGGCGAGGCGCCAAUCGAUCCCGAGCUCCUGGCCUUCUAUCGCCAGGUGCUGCCGCUGCUCCGAGGCAGCACGGUCGCUGCGCUGAGACCUCCACGCAAAUCCCUGGAGGUGGGUGAAAGGGUGCUCAGUUCAGAUCUUCAACGGCUGGAGCUGUGGAUGCCUACAGACUCGCCUGCGCGAUCGGAGAGGGCGGAAGCCACGGAAGUCUCAGGCCAUCUCGUGGCGCGCAAGCGCGUCGCAGACGCCUUUCUCAGGUUAGACACGCUGACCCGAGCCGUGAACUCAGACACAAUUGUGCACCUUCCAAAGGCCACGCUGCUGGCGAUGCAGCAGAAGGCUGGGACCUGGGAGCUCGCCGUCUUCUCCCUGUUGGGAAGACCAGGUUCUGGCUUCGGUUUGAGCUGGUCGUCGCGGGCUCUGACACAUGGAUGUACAAACCUUGCAGGCUAUCACCAGCGCGGUGACGGCUUUGCUCACAGCCCGGAAAAAGCUCGGGGCACUCGCUCUGAGAGACAGCCUCA